AUGGUUAAGGACAAGGCGCCGGAAGAGUGCGUCUCCGAGGACGAGGUGCCCGCUUUGGCCGCCGUCGAGGUGGAAUACUGCCCGCGCUGCGGUAUGCCGUUUGACUUCUGCGACUUCGGGGACAAGUGGGAGUCCGGCGAGUGCCGUGAGGAGUGCGCGCGUCGCUACCCUGAGAUUUUCGGCAGCGCCGAGGACGUGGCGGAGCAGCUGUCGAAGAUCGCAGUCGCGCCUCCGGCCGCCCCGCGCAAGAAGAAGCCGGAGGUGCGCCAGGAGGUGACGGUGCAGCGCAGCACGCGCUCCAAGCGCAAGGUCGUCACCAGCGUCACUGGUCUGCACCUCUUCGGUGUGAAGCUUGAGGCCGCCGCCAAGCUGUUCGCGAAGCAGUUUGCUUCGGGGGCCGGCGUGGUGAAGGGAGUGCCUGGUCAGAUGGACAAGAUCGAUUGCCAGGGCGACGUGGAGGAUCAGGUGAUCGACCUGAUAUUAUCGCAGUACCCCGAGAUAACUGAGGACAAGAUCGUGCGUCUCACGGCGAAGCUAAAAUGA